AUGUCCUUGGUGCCUGCUAUGAUGUCCUCUCUAAGAGCCGGGGGCAUGAUCCUGCUCCUGCUGUGCCUGCAGUAUAACCUACCUGCACAGUGCACCUCCAGGAGGCAGUUCAUGGAACACCAUCACCUAAGUCCAAACAAAGAGUUCAGCGACUACAGCUGUGAUGUCCUCAUGACAGAUAAAGCCCUGAAACCGAAGCCCUCACACCCGUUCGUUUAUAUGACAUGGUACAAAGUUGAACACAUAUGCACAAGUAACAGCUGGAAAGAUCGCUUCAAAAAUUUGUAUGUUUGGGCUCAGACUCCCAUUAAGGUCCUCAGGUGCCAGUGGGAGAGCUUAAAAAAUAGAUAUACAGAGAGAAGGAGCUACAGUUAUGUUCAGUUCCAUUGCAAUGCUGAUGGGUAUGUCGACAGCAUCGAGGACAUGAAGGUUCUAGAGCCCAUCUUGUAA